AUGGACAGAUUAAUAAAGCUUUUCCCAGUUGAUGAUCGAGGUACUGCGAAGACAGCAGUGCAAUACUUCAAGGAAAAAGAUGGAUAUGAUAUUCAGCUUGAUUUACCAUGCUUGAAAGUCGGUGAUCGGCAGAGUCCAACUUACCUACCAAUAGAGGUCUGUGAGAUUGCUGACGGACAACAGAUAUCGCAUCUUCUUAAUGUCACUUUCCAACACCCGUUUGACCGUGAAAAGACAAUUUUACAGAUUGUGAACCCGUACAAUGGGGAUCCAUAUGCAAAGGAAUUCGGUGUAACUUUUGAGAACAAACUCGCGAUAAUUAAGGGUCGUGUGCUACCUCCUCCUAUGCUGAAAUUUGGUGACCAAGGCAAGGAGAAGGUAUUCUGGCCAAAAGUUGGCAAGUGGAAUAUGCGGUCUAAGAAAAUGGUCGAUGGAGGAGCAGUUAACACCUGGACAUGCAUUAACUUCGCUUCAGACAUCAUGCGUGCUGCUGCUGUGGCUUUUUGUGAUGAACUAGCUGUGAUGUGCCUAGUCUCUGGAAUGAACUUUAGGGGUGACCCUGUGCUCCCUGUGGUGAAUGCUAGACCUAAGUACGUAGAAUCAGCUCUCAAGAAACAUCAUAAACGUGUCAUGAAGAUACUCAGACCACAGGGAAAAGAACUUGAUCUGCUGAUUGUAAUACUGCCCGACAACAAUGGCACUCUUUAUGGUGAUAUCAAAAGAAUAUGUGAGACAGAUAUUGGGCUGGUCUCUCAGUGUUGUCUUGCAAAGCAUGUUUUACCGAUGAAACCACGGUAUCUCGCAAAUAUUGCCCUUAAAAUUAAUGCUAAGGUGGGGGGAAGAAAUACUGUACUUGUUGAUGCUGUGGAAAGGAAUCUCCCACGUGUUGGUAACACACCAACUAUUAUAUUUGGUGCUGAUGUUAGCCAUCCACAUCCUGGAGAAGGACCUUAUAGUCCUUCCAUUGCAGCCGUUGUAGCUUCUCAGGACUGGCCGGAGGUCACCAAGUAUGCUGGAUCAGUCCGGCCACAAGCCCAUCGUGAAGAGAUUAUACAGUGUCUCUUUAACAAAACUGACUGUAAAAGUGGAUGUAUACCUGGCGGAAUGAUCAAGGAUGUUGUAAGCAAAGAAAAGCUCAAUCAGGUUCUUGAGCAUGAACUUUCUGCCAUUAAAAAGGCAUGUGCUUCGGUGGAUCCAAUUUACAAUCCACAAGUUACCAUUAUUAUGGUUCAAAGACGUCAUCACACACGUUUGUUUACUGGUAACUAUGGCAUUGGGAGCACAGUUUUCCGAAGUGGAAAUGUACUGUGGUUGAUAGGGAAAUAUGCCAUCCCACCGACUUUGAUUUUUACUUGUGUAGCCAUGCUGGCACUAAGGGAGUUAGCCGGCCUGUACGCGAGGUGCACCUCCUCUGUUUCUGUAGUGCCUCCUGUCUACUACGCCCAUCUUUUGGCAUCCCAGGCUCGGCUUUACAUCAAACCAGGGGACACUGGCGAAUUGUCGUUCCCUGAGAUCAAGGACAGUGUGAAAAACAGUGGCAUGUUCUUCUGCUAA